UGCAGACGCUGGAGAAUCCUGUCACACGGUUUUCACCAUACAUGUAGGCUGCAUGGACACGUUAGCAUCUGUACACAUUCAUCUCCCUGUAAACCAACCAUACCUACGCUGCUCUCAAAGUCCUCCCCAGAUCCUUCCAUCUCCUGGAGUGGUGCAAACCAUUGACUGUGUGUAAAGAUGAUCUCUGCUUCCUCCCAUUGUACAAAAAUGAAGCUCAACUCUGCUGUGGUGAUCGUGGUGUGGAGCUGUGGUAUCGAGGUCUUCUGAUUGGCUGGCGGUUUGUGGUGAAGUAUCUGACUGGCCAAUAGACUAUCAUCAAGUGCUCACUGGGUUAAUACGGAAACCCAUGGGGAACAUAUAUAAAACCCUGCACUGUGGGAGUGCUCAGCAGAUACAGUCUCAUCAUUUAAUUCUUUAUCAGCAGAAGAUUUGUUAUCUUAUGGGAGUCAUGAUAAUGCUGAAACUGUGGACUCUCCUUCUUGGCAACGCGCUGAUCAUUUGUCAGAUUUACAUCUCACAGGCAGCUCCAUCCAGAUCUGGCAAUGAGUUGAUGUCAGAUGGAGUCACACUAACUAACGAAGAUGCUCAAAGUUUUCUCAGAGCCUUCAAGGAGUUGAUGCAGAUAACUUCAGACGAGCAAGACCCCCGAGCAGCUGAUGGCAAUGUCACAGCACAGAAGCGAGGAUGCAACACAUCCACGUGUGUGACCCAUCGCUUGGCCGACCUGCUGAGUCGGUCGGGGGGACUCGGAUACAACAACUUUGUUCCCACCAAUGUGGGCGCCCAGGCAUUUGGCAGGCGGAAGCGUCACGGCCCUGUGUGAGCACAAUGGACUGAAAUCUUCCAUUGAGUGAAAAAACUGCAUCAUCAUCCACCAUUAAACUCAAGAAAUGUAGAAAAAAAUACCCUUCACAAACAUGGACUGAUGUAUUGCUGUCAGACAACUAGACAGAUGCCAGUUUUAAUUUGUAGUCUGUGCUUAGAAAAUUACUAACAUGUGUGUCAUUGUCGUUAACUGUAUCUUGGAAUAUAUUCUCUUCUGUUUAGAGAGAUGAUAAUUAAUUUAUUUGUCAUUUUCUUGUGCACUUCUGACCUAUCUCUACUGUACAGUGUGUGUAUGAAGUCUUUCUCUGUAAAUUUGUCAGUUAAACCUUCAACAACUGAGGCUGACCUGGGCCUUGAUGUAUAACUGUUCUUUCAUGAUAGUGCACAACGCAAGAAUGUCAAAUGUAGUAAUAUUUGUGAAUUGAAAGCAGGAAUAAAUUGUAUUUUAGCUACAUGAGG